CGCACACCCGUCAUGACGCGACGUUAGUCAUUGCCGACCAAGUUAGUUGAUAGCACUAGCCAAUGUAAACAAGGGCAAGAGGUGAUGUGCAACUAAUGUUGAACACUAGUAAACCAGUAAAGUCAAUCAUGCACUGCAUCACACAUGGCUACACUAGCGCCCGAUGAGAUGAUAUGGGCAACAGCAGGCCUCCGGAUUCGGAUCGGAUUGUGGUUGGAUUUCCCUCAGAUUGGCAGAUCUUGAGAGGGUGUAGGCAUGACUAGGGGCAUUGGCAUGGAUUUAAAUGUUCAUAGUCAAGUCCACAUCCUCUCAGGACCUGACAAUCUUGGAGCAAAUCCAACCCCAAUCCAAUCCGAAUCCGACUUAUCAGGAGCCCCAGGCAACAGUUUGUGCUGUUUUUGCCUCACGUUGAUGUAAAGAAAACGUUAUGAAAGCCAUUCCAAACACAGAAAGACCCUUCCAUUUCCACAAGAGCAACGACAGGGAAAAUUUGGGCUUCAGUUGUGGAACAAAUGGCCCAGGAUCAAGUAAAUGCCUCGCAACGAAUUGUUCUGGUGGAGAAAAAUUCUACUACUGCUUGGAUAUGCAUGUAUAUAUGCGUCAUAAGGGCUGUUCGUAUAUCCAUGCGUGACUUGUACAGUCAUUUACCCUGCAUGGUUAAUCCGAGAAGCGUUUUUUUGCUGUUUCCGGCGGGAAUUGAAAUGUUGGACAGAUCGAACGCACGACCUGGUUCUAUAGUCCUCCAGUGUUUGGGAGCCAACAAUGUCCAAAUGAG